CCUUCUCUAGUUUUCAAAGCACCACUGCUUCACUCGCUGUGCCGCAAGACAGGAACGCAGAUGAUGAGGAGGGGAAGAGAGAUGGUGCAAGGUCCCCGUUGCGUCGCGUUGCUCCUGCUCGUCUGCAUGGCUGCUCUCGUGGCCUCGGACACCACCGACGGCCUCCUGCCGAACGGCAACUUCGAGGAAGCGCCGGACAGGUCGCAGAUGGACGGGACAAGGGUGACGGGCCGCUACGCGAUACCGCGGUGGGAGGCCUGUGGGUGCGUGGAGUACAUCUGCUCGGGCCAGAAGCAGGGGGACAUGGUCCUGCCGGUCCCGGAGGGCGCCUACGCUGUGCGGCUGGGCAACGACGCCUCCGUCCAGCAGCAGCUCAGCGUGACGCCGGGGACGCACUACGCGAUCACCUUCAGCGCGGUGCGCACGUGCGCUCAGACCGAGAAGCUGAACGUGACGGUCGCGGCCGAGUCCGGCGAGCUCCCCAUCCAGACGGUGUACAGCAGCAGCGGCUGGGAUUCCUACUGCUGGGCGUUCGAGGCCAAGGACAGCGUCGUGUCGCUCACCGUCCAUAACCCUGGAUACGAUGAAGACGCCGCUUGCGGCCCCCUCGUCGACUCCUUCGCCAUCAGGACUCUCCUGCCACCCCAACAAAGCAACUAUAACAUGCUGAAGAACGGGGGCUUCGAGGAGGGCCCGUACAUCUGCCCCAGCACGUCGUGCGGGGUGAUGGUGCCGCCCAUGGACGAGGACAGGUACUCCCCGCUGUCGCCGUGGGUGAUCAUGUCGUCGACCAAGUCCGUCAGGUACGUGGACGCGGCGCACUACGCGGUGCCGCAGGGCGCCCGGGCCGUGCAGCUGGUGUUCGGCGCGGAGAGCGCGCUGGUGCAGGAGGUGUGCACCGUGCCGGGGCUGUCGUACAAGAUGGAGUUCUCGGUCGGGGAUGCGGCCGACGGGUGCAUGGGCUCCCUGGCCGUCGAUGCCUACGCGGGAAGCGGGAGGGUGACGGUCCCGUAUGAAUCCAAGGGCACGGGCGGGUUCACGCGCGGCGUGCUCGAGUUCACGGCGACGGAGGACCGGACGCGGGUGGUGUUCGUCAGCGCGAGCUACAACAUGAAGUCCGACGGCACGGUCUGCGGGCCCGUCGUCGACGACGCCUCGCUCGUCUGCGCGCAGAGCCAUGCUCGCCGGCUGCUUCUGUGAUUGUGCUGUGCCGCAGUGUAUGAUGGUGAGGUAGUUUGUGACGCGAAUAUUUUGGCCUCCUUCCGUCAUGGAGUAACUACAGAGGGGUCUAAAACUCCGAGUGCUCGGCAGUUGUAAACCAGGGUUCUGUAAUGUAUCAUGGAUAAUUUACAUUAGGGAAUACUAUCAUUUUAAGUAUUCUUUACA